UUCUACAGAUGAUGAGCCCCGUAGCGUGUUUUUCUCCUCCCUGGAGGUAGCGAGGGAGAAGAAUAUCUGAAAGAGGAAGGGUCUCACCUAAAUUUGGCCACUUCCUACCAUUCACACGUUCUCUUGUGGUUUCCAGUGCGCUGGUGAAUUCGAGGUCUGAGGUCUGGCGUGGGAGGCAUCACUCUGCACCAUGAACCUGGAGCGCGUCUCUAACGAGGAGAAGCUCAACCUCUGUAGGAAAUACUACUUGGGUGGCUUUGCUCUUCUUCCUUUCCUGUGGCUGGUGAAUGUUUUCUGGUUUUUCCGAGAGGCUUUUAUGGUGCCAGCAUAUACUGAACAGAUACAGAUCAAACGCUAUGUCCAGCGUUCAGCCGUGGGUCUUGUUUUCUGGGUGAUUGUGCUCACCACGUGGAUCAGCAUCUUCCAGGCACGCAGGGCAGAAUGGGGUGAGGUUGGUGACUACCUCUCCUUCACUAUUCCCCUGGGCACUCCCUGACAGAUCACUCCUCAUUUGGUGAUGUCAAUGUGGAUCUUUUUAAUUUUUUCCAAUGGACUCUAUGACUGGCCUCAUCUCGCCUUUUAUGAAACCAGGAUGAGAAUGUGCCACAGUGAACUGUAGGUGGGGCUGCAUCCUUACACUUCCCAGAACCCUCUACUUUUGUGUAUCAUGGCUGCAGUCUUUUCAGAAGUGAUCAAUAAACCUGACUUUAUCUAUU